ACCUCAUUUAUCGUCACUUUCUCCCACCUUCUGGCCACCUCCACCUCCACCUCCCUCCACCGUCGUCUCCAAAUGCCCCACUCCCUCACACACAGCAUUUGUUGAUCUGGUGACCAUUUCCAUCUUGCUCCUUCAUCAGCACUACUCCACCACUCAUCUCUCACACACUCGCGCCGACAAGCAUGGCUGGAAAUCGUGACAAUGAUCUGACAGAACAUGAACGUCAUGCACAAGGCCCAAAGGGUGCUCAACCAGCAGCACGCUUCGUCAAUGUCACCGAGUCGGUCGACGAGCGGCUAAAGAAGUCGACUAUUGGUCUCGUCACCCUCGAAGACUUCCAAAAGACAAAGGAGGAGAUUGAGGAAGAGAAGCGUCGCGAGGCAGCCAAGACUGCGGCGGACAAGAUCUCUGCAGCGAAAAAGGCCAAGAAGGACAAGAAGAAGAAGCGGGUCAUGCUCUCCUUCGCUGACGACGAGGAGGGAAGCGAGACACCUGCCGAGGAUGCACCUUCCCCGAAACGCAAGAAGCUACUCAAAAACCCCGAGGUUGACACCUCUUUCCUUCCCGACCGCGAGCGUGAAGCACAGGAACGUGCUGAACGCGAAGAGCUUCGGCAGAAAUGGCUAGCCGAACAAGAGCGCAUUAAGAACGAGGUCAUCGAGAUCACAUACUCCUACUGGGAUGGUAGUGGGCACCGGAAAACUGUCGAGUGCAAGAAAGGUGACGAUAUCGCGGCCUUCCUCGCAAAGUGUCGCGCUCAAGUGCCAGAGCUUCGUGGCACGAGUGUCGACAACAUGAUGUACAUCAAAGAGGACUUGAUCAUCCCACACCACUACACGUUCUACGACUUUAUCGUCAACAAGGCCCGAGGCAAGUCGGGCCCGCUGUUCAACUUUGACGUGCACGACGAUGUGCGGCUCAUCUCGGAUGCUACAAGGGAGAAGGACGAGAGUCACGCGGGCAAGGUUGUUGAGCGGUCAUGGUACAACCGCUUUAAGCACAUCUUCCCCGCUAGUCGCUGGGAGGUUUACGACCCCGACAAGGACUAUGGAUCAUACAAGAUUGCAUAAACCUGUCUCCUUCGAUCCUGCAGCUCUGUUUUUUGUCACAUGUUGUACGCCGUAUGCAAUACUCUCCACCACGCUCACCGAUCCAC